CACCACGACAAACGAUUGCCUUCCCCAGACUUCCAAGAAAAAACAUCUCACACUAAACUCCAAAGCCUCCGACCUCCACACCACCAAAUUAACUCCAAUUUACGUGUACAAUUCCACCACCACCACUUGAACACGAAAAGAUCAAUUUUUACACCGUUCCAUACAAUCAAAGAAACACGAAAUAAAGAGGGAGGAAAGUAGCAGAAAUUUACACGGAAUAAAGAGGGAGAAAACUAGCAGAAAUUUUCUCUCUCUUCCUGCAUCUCAGCAUUCACAGGCAAAUCCGUGGAAUCAUCUGAAAUGGGUCCAAUCGUAUUGACUCAACUAGCAACGGGGUUGAGCGUUCUGGCUGGGGCCGUUGUGGUGAAGUCAGUAAUGGAUUCUAAGACCAUGUUCGGGCCGGGCCAGUUUCCCAGAUGCCCAACGUGCAACGGCACGGGCCGGGUCGCCUGCCUAUGCUCUCGCUGGUCGGACGGGGACACUGGUUGUCGAACAUGUGCUGGGUCGGGUCGUAGGUCUUGCACUAGCUGUGGUGGUUCAGGGACCGGUCGCCCUAUUCCGGUUCAGCUAUCUGCUCGUCCUCCUCGCAACCAGCCUUCUUCUUGAAAACCGGUUUGCAGUAUAUAUUCUGGAUUAGCUAUCUAAGAUGUAUAACCAGUUAUUUAAUGCAAUCGCAUUUACUCCGGUUUGUAUUCGUGUACCAGUACGACAUGGAGUAACUUCUUUUUAUUAUUAUUAUUUUUUAAAGGAAAUGAAAAGUUAUACGAUGUAUUAUCUCUCAUUGAUACUUGUGAAAGGGAGAGGAAAGCUGAAAUUUUUAGUAGGUUGUAAUGUAAUUAAUUUGCUGUAACAUUUAUAGUUGGACCGUGUCUACUGGUACAACUUGCAAGUCUGUGAUGAGUAGCUUGUUAUUGAUUGUUUUGGUAGCUGAAAUGGUAAAAAUUUUUGGGUGCUUA